GCAGUAGUAGCGGCAUCAGCAUCAGCGUCAGUAUCGCUCCCGUUGCGUCCUCCUCCGGCAUGUCCCUGCGCAGCGGCUUCGCGCGGCUCCUCCGCAAGCAGGCGGACGCGGCGCUGCAGGUGCCGAAGCCCGGGCACUCAGUGGCGCUGGUCGGCGCCCCCUUGUCCCGGGGCCAGAAGCGGCGCGGCGUGGAGCACGGCCCCGGCGCCAUCCGCGGCGCGGGGCUCACGCAGCGGCUCCUCGGCCUGGGCUGCCGAGUAUAUGAUUUUGGAGAUCUGAAUUUUACUCAGGUGCCUAAUGAUGAGCUGUACAACAACCUGGUAAAAUACCCACGGUCUGUGGGAUUAGCCAGCCAAGUGCUGGCUGAUGCUGUAAGUGGAGCAGUGGCUGCUGGGCACAGCUGUGUAACCAUAGGAGGUGACCACAGCUUGGCGCUUGGUGCCAUUAGUGGCCAUACACGACAGUGCCCACACCUCUGUGUGAUCUGGGUGGACGCACAUGCGGAUGUCAAUACCCCACUCACAACCCAGUCUGGAAACCUCCAUGGACAACCAGUCUCAUUUCUCUUACGAGAGCUCCAGGAUAAAAUGCCACAGCUUCCUGGGUUUUCCUGGCUAAAGCCUUGCCUCUCAGCACCUGAUAUUGUAUACAUAGGUCUGAGGGAUGUGGAUCCUGCUGAAUACUAUAUUUUGAAGAACUAUGACAUCCAAUAUUUCUCAAUGAGGGAUAUUGAUCGCCUUGGAAUCCAGAAAGUUAUGGAAAGAACAUCUGAACACCUGAUGGGCAGGAGACAAAGACCAAUUCACCUCAGCUUUGACAUUGAUGCUUUUGAUCCUUCACUGGCUCCAGCAACAGGAACCCCUGUUUUAGGUGGAUUAACAUAUCGGGAAGGCAUGUAUAUUGCAGAGGAAAUACACAAUACAGGAAUGCUUUCAGCAAUUGACCUGGUAGAAGUAAACCCACUGCUUGGAGCCUCUCAGGAGGAAGUGAAGGCUACAGCCAGUCUUGCAGUAGAUGUGAUUGCAACAUGCUUUGGGCAAACAAGGGAAGGGGCACAUACUGUUUUUGAUGAACUCCCAACACCUAGUUCACCAGAUGAAUCAGAAAGUGAAGAGCAAGUGAGGAUUUAAGACUUCAAGUGUUGAACAUUCCCGAGCUCUACCAAGCCACUUGUGCAGCUUGAGUAAGACUGACUGUAUCAGACAUUUGGAGAGUGGAAUACUUCUAGGUUUAAUAAAAAAAAAAAAAAAAAACUGUAGUUUUUCCAGCUGAUCAAUAACUGCUGUAUUAUGUACUGAGUUUUGAUUCAUUUAGACAUUAUGUAAAUUGAACGUGUAAUAAAACAUUUAUUACCUUGUUAUUACUCUUA